GUCAGCAAGCCUAAAAAACUUGGCAGGACAUUCUGAACGGAGAAGCCACUUACAGAUUCUGCCUGAGCAAAUCAACAAACUAAAGAAGAAAAGAAACCAAGAAAAUGGCUUCAAACAUCCCGCAGUCUGAGGCAGACUGCACCUGCCCUGUGUGCUGUGAUAUAUUUGAUGACCCUGUUUUGCUGCUGUGCGGUCACAGCUUCUGUCAGCAUUGUCUUAAGGAGUGGUGGAGAAAGAGCAAACAGAGGACAUGUCCGGUUUGUAAAGAAAUAUUUCAAAUGACUAAGCCACCAAGAAAUCUGGCUUUAAAAAACCUGUCCGAGUCCUUGAGACAGGAGAAGAACAAGCAGGCUGGGUCCAAGGAGUUUUGUUCCCUGCACGGUGAGAAGUUUAAAUUAUUCUGUCAGGAUCACCAACAACCGAUCUGUGUGGUUUGUCGGGAUGCAAAAGCACACAAAAAACACAACUGCAUUCCCAUUACUGAAGCAGCAGAGGAGUGCAGAGCUAAAGUCCAGCUCAAUCUGCUUAAUCUAAAAACUAAGUGUGGAACUUUUGAGAGGAAAAAACAGCAGUGGGAUAAAAUGGCCAAUCACAUCCAGCUCCAGGCUCAGCGGACAGAGAAGACCAUCAGAGGAGAGUUCGAGAAACUUUACCGGUUCUUACGAGCGGAGGAGGCUGGCCGGAUAGAUGCAUGUCGGAAAGAAGCAAAGGUUAAGAGUGACGCAAUGAACCUAAGGCUUGUAAACCUAAAUGAAGAGAUUUCUGACCUCAUGGAAAAAAUCAAAACCCUUGAAGAUGAGAUGAAAUUAGACGACCUCUCAUUUAUGCUGAAUGUGAAAGCAACAAUGCUAAGAUCUCUGUGUACACUGCCAGAACCAGAGACUCCAGCUGGAGCACUAAUUGAUGAGACUAAACACAUAAGCAAUCUGCAGUAUUCAGUUUGGGAAAAAAUGGCAGAUAUCAUACUAUACAGUAAGUAA